UGACUGCAAUCGUAUAUCGCAUCCAGAAAUGGUUCAUAAGCUCGCUCUUUUCUAUGGAUGCAUCGUAUCGGCGUCAUGCAUGGUUCUACAUCCGGUCCAGGUUCCGCUACUCCUGAGUCCACUACCGGAACCGAAUUACAGCUUCUCCUACGAUGUAAACGAUGUCCAGACCGGGGACGUGAAGAGCCAGCACGAGAGCAGACGAGGGGACAUCGUCAUAGGCCAAUAUUCCCUAGUCCAGCCGGAUGGAGUCCGACGGACGGUGGACUACUCUGCUAACGAUCACACGGGCUUCCUCGCAACCGUCAACAACCAGGGCAUCGCUAUCCUCGCCCUCUUCGCCUUCGUGGCGGUAAACGCUGGUGACUUCUCCAGCUUCUCGUACGGCGUGGCCGACCCCUACACCGGUGACUUCAAGAGCCAGGUGGAGAGCCGCGCCGGAAACAACGUGCAGGGCCAGUACUCGCUUCUGGAGUCGGACGGCACCCGCCGCACCGUGGACUACGCCGCUGGCGCAGAGGGCUUCAACGCCGUGGUGCGCAAGGACCCCACCGUCGUCGCCGCCGCCCCCGUCGCCGUCGCCGCCCCCGCCAUCGCCGCCGCUCCCGCUCUCGCCUACGCUUCCCCCUACGGUUUCGCCAGAUUCGGGGCCUACGGCUACCCCUAUGGUUACGCUAGAUUCGGUGCCUACGGAUACCCCUACACCAAACGUAUCCAAAUGGCAGCUAAGUUCUUCGUCCUCGCUGCUCUGGUGGCGGUCGCCCGCGGUAGCGCUCUCCAUGGAGCCGACUACACCAGCUUCUCCUACGGAGUAGCGGACCCCCACACCGGCGACGUCAAGAGCCAGCACGAGACCCGCGUCGGCGACAACGUGGUCGGCCAGUACUCCCUGCUGGAGUCUGACGGCACACGCCGCACCGUGGACUACGCCGCCGAUGCUCACUCCGGCUUCAACGCAAUCGUUCGCAAGGAUCCAGCGAUCAUCGGCCACGUCGCUCACGCUGCCCCGAUUGCCCACGCCGCCCCCGUCCUCGCCGCCCCCAUCGCCCACGCCGCUCCCAUCGCCCUCGCCGCCCCCGCCGUCGUCGCCGGCCCGUCUGUCUCCUACUCAGCUCACUCCGAGUCCGUAGCCCACGGUGGUCUCGCCGCUCCCCUCGCUCUCGGCCAUGGCCUCGCUCUGGGCCACGCCGGUCUCGGCUAUGGUCACGCUGGUCUCGGCUAUGGCCACGCCGGUCUCGGUUUGGGCCACGCCGGUCUCGGCUUGGGACACGCAGGCCUCGGACUGGGUUUGGCUCAUGGCGCGCACUGGUAAUUUUGUAAUAUAGGACGUAAUUUAUAAUACUAAUAAUUGUAACAUAAUGCUGCCGAUGGUUUUGAAUGUUGUAUGAACUGUGAUGAAAUACAUACCAAUGUAAUUA